UGUGAGCGGCUGCAAAUUCCCAUCUCCCUUUUCAUUCCAGCCUCAUUGUAACAAGCGUUCGACUGGCUUCUCUCUCUCUCCUUCUCCUCGCUCUCCCUCAUCUCAUUGUGUCAGAGUAGGCCAAGUCUGAAGUCCUUUCCAGGGAGUGGCUCUGUUCAUCCUAUUCUCCAGCCAAAGUCAGAACAGCGUAAGGGGAGAGAGACACAGUCAGCAGCCAAAGGACUCGGUGGAAAGAACAGAGCACCGUGGACAAUAUGCUGCUCUUGGGACCCAAGGUGCUGCUGCUCCUCACUGCACUCCUCCUCCCCGCUGACUGGAUACCCCUAGGGGCCAAUGGCCAACGAGGAGAUGAUGUGACUCAAGCGACUCAAGAAACAUUCACAGACGAUCCUAAUCUGGUGAACGAUCCCCCUACAGAUGAAACAGUUCUGGCUGAUGUCGAGCCGUCCACAGAUGACCCGGCCACGUCCAAUGCUAAAAAUACCACUGCAGAGUGCCGGGAUGAGAAAUUUGCUUGCACAAGACUCUAUUCUGUGCAUCGGCCAGUCAAACAAUGCGUCCAUCAGUUAUGCUUCACCAGUUUACGACGUAUGUAUAUCAUCAACAAUGAGAUCUGCUCCCGUCUUGUCUGUAAGGAACAUGAAGUUAUGAAAGAUGAACUUUGCCGUCAGAUGGCCGGUCUGCCCCCACGGAGACUCCGUCGCUCCAACUACUUCCGACUUCCUCCCUGUGAAAACGUGGAUUUGCAGAGACCUAGUGGUCUGUGAUCAUCAAGAAACAGGAAACAAGAAAGAAUGUGAGGUGCAAGGAAGGAGAGUUUCCUUCUUCUCCAACCAUUGUCAGCUAACCCAUAGACAGUAUUUCUUAACCAAUCUCUUUAUAAUGUCCAGCUUUUACUCCUCCUCUCUAAUUUUUUACCCAGACUGAUGACAUUUAUCUCAUACAAAUACAAAGUCUCUGUAUAUUA